AUGUCUAACUCCACUUCCAGCAACAAGAAGUCCGCCUGGCAACUCCUCGAAGAGAGGCAGGUGGAAAUGGUAGCCAAAAUUGCGUGGCUCGAGGUGGACACCCGGAGAGAGGCGGAGGAAAAAGAGUGCAAGCACCAGGAGGCGGAAGAGGAACGGAAACGCAUGGAGGAACAGAAGCAGAAGGAUAUUGAGGAGACUCGGAAAAGGUUGGCUGAGUGGGAGCGGAAGCGCCUGAUGAAGGCUAGGGCAGAUAAUGCGUCAGAAUUGUCUGGUCUGGCAGAUCCGGAGGUCGCAUCCCUCGCAUCACACCCUUACCCCAACCUUACUCUCGUCAUACUGGUCAUCCUCGCAUUCCCCUUUGCCCUCUACCUGUCAUUGCAGCAAAGCCAGUACAUCUGGCCAGAUCCUUUUGCUGACAAAGCAUACCCAUGCUCCAUUCCACCACCUGACUGA